AUGAUUUCAAUCCUAACGUCAAUUCAGCCUCCCGGCCCUUUUCCCCUCCCUCUCAUUGGCAACACGCACCUCCUCCCAUCUAAUAAACCCUGGAUAUACUUCGAACAUCUCUCAGAGGAAUAUGGCAGUCCAUUGAUAACUUUCUGGACCGGCCGCCGCCCCACAAUCUGGCUCAACGACGCUUGGACAGCCCAUGAGAUCCUCGACAAGCGCGCCGCAAUAUACUCCUCUCGCCCCCGGAUGGUCGUAUUCGCCGAGCUCGGGGCUGGCCAGUCCAACAUGGUAAACAUGUACUACGGAGAUCGGUGGCGAUUGCAUAGAAAGCUUACGCAUAUUGGGGUGGGACUGCAGCAAGUCCGCAAAUACCGGGGGUUCCAGAAUGACGAGAGCAAAGUCAUCGCACGGGACUUGUUAUCGACGCCCAAAGACUAUGUCAAGCAUUUCGAACGGUAUGCGACGAGCGUUGUCUCCAUCAUUGGGUUUGGGAGGAGGGUCGCCCGCUCAGACGAUCCGAUCAUAACAGAAGUUAUUGCUGUGAUGCAGAGGGCUGCGGAGUUAAAUGUGCCAGGGAAGGAAUUUCCGAUGCUGAUGGAGAGUUUUCCUUGGCUUGCCAAAUUCCCCAACGCCAUAGCUCCCUAUAAAAAGGGACUGGGCAGAAGCGACGGCCGUGGCAGACCCUUCUUCUACGCACUCGCCCAGGAAGCCGCGGACAAUCCCACGGCAAAAUCAACGCCUGACACAGAAUGCUAUGCUACAACGCUCUUUACCCACGCGCCAAAGCACAACCUGUCCAAACUCGAGAUCUCCUCACUAGCCGGAAACCUCUUCGGCGCCGGAAGUGACACCUCGUCCUCGACGCUCGUGACGUUCGUGCUCGCGUGCGUUGCAUUCCCGGAAACCUUGCCGCCUGCGUGGGAGGAACUUGACCGUGUUGUUGGACCGCAUCGCAGUCCAGACUUCGAGGAUGAAAGGGAUCUCCCCUACGUCAAGGCAUUUGUGAAAGAGGUCCUGAGGUGGAGGAGCGUUGCUGUUAUUGGAGGCCAGCCUCAUGCGCCUGUCAAGGAUGACAUCUAUAAGGGGUAUCACAUCCCAGCGCAUACCUGGAUCCAAGGCAACAUCUGGGCGAUCCACCACCAUAGUCGCGAAUUUCCCGAACCGGACCGGUUCAAACUAUCACGCUUUCUACCCGACAGUCCUGACGCUAGACCCUUCCCCUCUGAGAAGGGGUAUAUGACCUUCGGCUGGGGGAGAAGAGUGUGUAGUGGCCAGGGUCUCGCAGAGCAAGGGACGUUCAUUACGAUUGCACGAUUGCUCUGGGGGUUUCGGUUUGAGAAAGCGCUAGACGAGAAAGGGCAAGAAGUCCAGGUUGAUAUUUUCGAUUAUACCAACGGCCUCAAUAUGCGUCCUAGUCCCUUCGAAUGCAGGAUUACGCCGCGGAGCGAGGAGAUCAAGAAUUCGAUUGAACGGGAGGGGAAACAGGCGCUCUCUGAUCUGGAGAGGUAUGAGGGAGAGACCAAGUACCGGAUGAGCACCUUUUAUACAGAGGAGAAGUUCUAA